CAAGAAAAAAAAAACCUCCCAAAUCAAAGGAGACAUCAAUGAAUGAUGGGUAUAUGAACAGUUGAUGACAAAUUCUUUUUUUCAAGAACAAAAUCAAUUCCAAGGAUCAAUCCAUUUUGAAGUUACUGGGAAGUUGCCUUCAAUUUCCUCCACCGAGCUUCUUUCCAAUGGGAGCUUUUUCCAAGCUCCGUCGUUAAUGGCUGCUUGAAGAAUCAACCUCCAUUAUCUCCACGAUUCUCUACCAAUUCCCAUGAUACCUAGGACCCUAAAGUCAGUUCCGAUGUCCAUUUCUUCCCGUACCCUUCUCCUUCUUCUCACCGUAGUCUCCCUCUCCGCCGCCUCCGCCUCCGCCGCUGAAUGCCCUCUUAACUUUACCGUCCUCCGCCAGUUCUCGCGGGGCACCACCGCUUCCCGCCCCGACUUCUCCGAUGACUGUCAAUACAUCCGUCUUGGUCUCCGCCUCGUCCUCUCUCAGUACCUCAAACUCACUGGCUCCUUUUUGCCCCCUGUGAACUCUUCCGAUUCGUGCUGGAAUGCUUACCAAUCGGUCGUUGAUGAAACUCGGCCGAAUUUCAACGUUCGGACCUCUUGUGGAUUUCAAACUGGCUGGAUCUCUCAGGGCUGUAUGAAUAUCACUACCAAAUCGGAGUUCGAGAGAGUCGUUUCUAAAUCGGCGCUGACUAGCGUUGUUGCGAGUUGUAAUCAAUCGCUCGAAAACGGUUCCCCCUGUGCCUCGUGCACGACGAGGCUUGCGAUCGUUCAGGCCUCGUUUUUGACCGGUCCGUCGAUCGGCAAUGUCACCGAUUGCCCUGCCUAUCCGUCGAUCUACGCGGCGGCGUUUGCAAAUCCAUUCGGACCGACGGAUCAGGGAACUGCCAAAUGCUUGUUCUCGCUUAAUCCUCCAUCGUCGGGGGAUUCAUCAGGCAAGAAGCUGAACACAGUGGUGUUGGUAGUUCUCAUUUGUUGCAGCGUCGCAGCAGCAACGGCGGCAGUAGUCGCCGGCGGAUGGUUUUUCUGGCGAAAACAGGGGAAAUCAAAGAAAAACGACAGAAUUCGUAGAGUAGAAACAGGAAUGGGUUCUGGAUUGGAAUCCAUAAGUGCAAGCACGACGCUGGUGAAGUUCACAUUCGAUGAAAUCAAAAGGGCAACGAGGAAUUUCUCAAGAGAUAACAUAAUUGGAAGAGGAGGCUAUGGAAAUGUGUAUAAAGGGGUACUUUCUGAUGAUUCUGAAGUCGCAUUGAAGCGGUUCAAGAACUGUUCUGCAGCAGGGGACGCCAUUUUUGCACACGAAGUUGAGGUAAUUUCUAGUGUUCGACAUGUUAAUCUUGUUGCUUUAAGAGGUUAUUGUAUUGCAACAACGCCAUUAGAGGGUCAUCAAAGGAUAAUUGUAUGUGAUUUGAUGAAGAAUGGUAGUGUUUAUGAUCAUUUAUUUGGGUAUUCUGAUAAGAGAUUGAGUUGGCCAAUUAGGCAGAAAAUUGCCCUUGGCACAGCCAGGGGAUUGGCUUACCUCCAUUAUGGAGCUCAGCCCGCAAUUAUCCAUAGAGACAUCAAAGCCAGCAACAUCCUUCUGGAUGAAAAUUUUGAACCAAAGGUUGCUGACUUUGGUUUAGCUAAGUUCACUCCUGAAGGAAUGACUCAUUUGAGUACUCGUGUUGCCGGGACGAUGGGGUAUGUAGCUCCCGAGUACGCGUUGUACGGUCAGUUGACAGAGAGGAGUGAUGUUUAUAGCUUUGGAGUUGUUCUUCUCGAGCUUUUGAGUGGGAGGAAGGCGCUCGGGGUGCGGAGCGCCGAGAGCCAGCCGUUUCUAGUGACCGAUUGGGCUUGGUCCUUGGUUAGGGAGCAAAAGGCCAUGGAUGUUGUUGAAGAAGGUAUGCCCGAGCUGGGUUCUCCUGAAGUUGUGGAGAAGUAUGUGUUGAUUGCUGUUCUUUGUUCACAUCCACAGCUCUAUGCUCGGCCAUCAAUGGAUCAAAUUGUGAAAAUGCUUGAAACUGACCUCUCUGUUCCUUCAAUCCCUGAGAGACCCAUCUCUUUGGUUGCUGAGAUUGAUGAAAUAGAGAGAUCUAUGAGUAGUAGUGGCUCUGUUCAGCAUUCUGGUUCUAUUGGCUUUCAUAGUUACACGUGAACGACCAAAAGCAGGGCGGGGCCGGUUUCCCGAUCAAAGAAUCCGACCCUGUUUUUCAAAGAGUAAAAGGAGGAAUCUAUUCGAGAAAGAGCAGCUUACUAACAAUCAGUUGCACGAGAACUGAAACACGAACUAGCUAUAGACUCCUACUGAAGGUUGUAGCGGGGAUUUUUCGUAAUGAGUUAUUUGUUUCGUUUGUUGGGUUAGUUGGAUGGUUCGAGAAUUAGAUGCCAUGCUUCUACUCCGUUGUAAAGAUAGAUAGAUUUGUAAGUACUUAGUUUUUAGUUUUACGAUCCCUUUUGAAGUUCACUGUUGGAGGAAGAAUAUAAAAAGCAUAGCCGUGAGAUCCCAUGUUGGUUG